AGUUCUAUGUCACAUAAGAAAUUAACAGAACUACUGUGAGACAUUUGAACUAUUUAACUAUUUAGAUAUGAGUUUAUUAUUUUUUUCUUAAUUUUAUUGGAAUAUUAGAAGAUGUUAUAUUAUGUUAUUAUUUUAUUGAUGUUCACUGCCAAUUCGUCUUCGGCAAUAAGGACAUACACCAAAGAUGAUAUUAUUAAACUAAGGGAAGAAGUAAGGGAAAUGUUUUAUCACGCUUACGAUAGUUAUUUAAAAUUUGCUUAUCCUUAUGAUGAAUUAAGACCAAUUAGUUGCGAUGGUGUUGAUACAUAUGGAAGCUACUCUCUUACUUUAAUAGAUGCUUUAGAUACUCUAGCUAUUAUGGGGAAUUAUUCUGAAUUUCAAAGAGUCGUCGAUAUUCUCUCUACAAAAAAAGAUUUUGAUGCUAACAUUAACGUUUCUGUAUUUGAAACCAAUAUAAGGAUCAUCGGAGGCCUUUUGAGUGCUCAUCUAAUGUCUCACAAAGCAGGUGCGAAAUUAGAACCAGGUUGGCCAUGUAAUGGUCCUUUACUAAGAUUAGCAGAAGACGUAGCUAAAAGACUGAUAGUAGCUUUCAAUACUAAAACCGGAAUGCCUUAUGGUACGGUGAAUUUACACAGUGGAGUUCCAAAAGGGGAAACAACUGUAACUUGUACUGCUGGAGUUGGUACAUUUAUUGUUGAAUUUGGUACACUAAGUAGAUUAACAGGAGAUCCUUUAUAUGAAGAGGUAGCUUUAAAUGCUUUGUAUUCAUUAUUUAACCACAAAUCCCAAUUAGGACUUUUCGGUAAUCAUAUAGAUACAGAUACUGGAAAGUGGACUGCGCAGGAUGCUGGUAUAGGAUCUGGCGUUGAUUCUUAUUUUGAAUACUUAGUUAAAGGAUCGAUUUUAUUACAGAGGCCCGAAUUGAUGGAAAUGUUCUAUGAAGCUAAAAAAUCUAUUGAUAAAUAUCUAAAAAAAGAUGAUUGGUAUAUGUGGGUUUCCAUGACGAAAGGACAGAUUACUUUACCUGUUUUUCAAUCAUUAGAGGCGUAUUGGCCAGGAGUUUUGAGCCUAAUAGGGGAAACAUCAAGUGCAAUGCAAACUUUACAUAAUUACCAUCAAGUUUGGCAACAAUAUGGUUUCACACCAGAAUUUUAUUACAUUCCUCAAACAGAAGCUGGUAGUAAUAAAGAAAGUUACCCAUUAAGACCAGAAUUGAUUGAAUCUAUUAUGUACCUCUACAGAUCAACUGAGGAUCCAUUCCUUUUACAAGCCGGAGAAGAUAUUCUGAGGAGUAUUCAACACAGUGCAAAAACUCCAUGCGGUUAUGCCACAAUUAAAGACGUUAGGGAUCACAAAAAAGAAGAUAGAAUGGAAUCUUUUUUCCUAUCGGAAACAACGAAAUAUCUAUAUCUUCUUUUUGAUCCGGACAAUUUCAUUCAUAACCAAGGUGAAUCUGGUACAAUUAUCCAAACUCCGAAUGGAGAAUGUGUCAUAGAUGCAGGAGGUUACAUAUUUAACACAGAAGCUCACCCCGUAGAUCCAGCAGCUCUACAUUGUUGCCAUAGUUUAUCCAAUAGAGAAUUGAUUAAUUUUAAAGAUCUGGAGAAAGAUAAGGAUCUCUUUAAAGGAAUAACGGUUCAAAAAAGGAGACUUGAAUCCGACGUUGAAGAAGAAAAAGAAAAAAGUGAAGAAAUUUUAGAUGAAGAAGUGACAAUUACAACAGAAUCAACUACUGGUUAUGUCAAAUUGGAAGAUAACGAUAAUGUUAGUCGGAAAAUUACUGGUGGGUCAGAAGAUUUCGAAGAAAAUACUACCGCAGGGGAAAACGAAGAAAAGAUGUCGUUUUCGAAGAUUAUAGAUCAAGUAUUGUCUAAGGAGACCAAGAAAUUUGAUCCGCAAGAAAUGUUAGAAAGGUUUAGGAAAGAAAAUAAAUAUCCGGCUAAUAUUACUUGGGAAAAUAAUUUUAAAUUACUAUCUUGUAAAGCACAACCGUUUUUACAAAGAUUAGCUAUUUUGGGAGAAAUUUUUAAUAAAUAACUUGAUAUAUUGUA